AUGGCAAAUAAUAAUAUUGCCAGUGCAUAGGAAAUGCUUUUCAAACCUCUUAGACUUAACAGCGAGUAUCUUACUCAAAGAAAAAUAUAAAUGGAAAAUAAAUCGGGAAUCAUUGUUUAGGAAUAUGCUUUUAAGGAUAACUGGCUAAGACUUAGCCGAGGUCUUAGUAAUUUCAGAGUCACAGAUAAAAUGACCGAGAAACGUUAGUUACCUUAAAAAGUUGUCAAGGUUAAGGAAAAGGUAAAGGUAGUGGAGGAUAACAGUUUUGAAGGACUCUUAUUGAAAAUCGCGAAUCAAACUGAAAAUAUUUUAGAAUAAGCUAACAGUCCAAUGAAUAAACCGAAGGUUAGCGAAAUGAAGUAAAAUAGUGCUCAUUAGGGACCAUUUAACUACCAAUAAAAAAUAGAGAAGAAUAAUAACAGCAUAGAAAAAGAAAGUAAGAGCUUGCAUAUUUAGAAUUUUCAAAUGGAUAACUCCCUAAAAUAAAGGCCAAGAACUAAUUUAACUACUAACAAUAAUAUUACCAUAACUUCAGAUAAUGAUAAAAGCAACACUAAUUUAAGAUACGAUUCAAGUUAAACUUUGGAUUAGAAGGAAAUUAUUAAUAUAAAUAUAGACACUGCCCUAAACAAUUCUGAUGGAAGAAUACCUGAGUCUAAUCAGAAAAACAUGCAGAAAAGGGGUAGAAAGUUGAGAAAGAUAACCUCUGGAACUGGAUCUAGGUAGAAUUAAGCUGGCAAAAACUUUCUUCUUAACAGAGAUAAAAUGAUGAAUCAAAGAGCAAUGUCUUCCUACAAAAAUUAUGAAUAUGCAUCAACAAAGCAAACGUCUACUAAUUAUCUAAGCUAGAAUGCUAGAACAAUCACUUCAAACAAGCUAUUAUAUAACAACUCAAUUGCAAAUGCAAGAGAUUAAGUGUCUUCUGCGGCCAGAGAAACUUCGCCUAACUCUAAUCCUCGAGUAACAAACAUACUUAGAUACUAAACUGCUCACUAUUAGAAGUUUAUAGAUGAGCCCAGAGUUAAGAUGGCCUUAAAUUCCAAUAAAUUAAAUUUGAGCACUCCAAAUAAAAGUAGCAUAUAGAAUAUGAGAAUGCAAAGCAACUAUUAUCAAGCUCAGAGUUUUAUAAAUCAGUAGCAGUUAAACCAGUUUAAUAUUAAUAGAAAUUUCACACAUUUAGAUUAGUCAGUGAACUUUGUAAAGUAAUCUAUUGAGGGUUUGGAUGGAACUGGCAUUGCUAAUCUAGAUUCUACUUUAAAAUUAUCAGAUCUUAAUCAUGAUCUAGGAAAUCAACCUUUUUAUCCCAGAGAGAGAUAUCAUAAAGAGCAAGGAGGUUAGAUAAGUAGCGUUAAUACAUAGGAAUUUUAGCUUAAUAAUGAUAAGCAUCAAAGUAUAUUUGAUAAAAGUCUCAUGUUUAGCUAGAAUAAUGCCCUGAUUAAAAGUAACAAUGAAAAUUCAGGUUUCAUUAACAGACAAACAAAAAGCAACUAUCACAAUAAUAAUCAAAUUCAGAAUUCAUAAUCCAUUGUCAGCCAAAAUAGUAGUUAAAGAGUGCUUAUUGGCAGCAGCUUAAGAAGUAACUAUGGUUAAAAGUUUAUUUAGGGUAAGUAGCUGAGAUUCUACUAAAAUAAAUACAAUAGCAACCUUGAUAGUGCCAUGAAAAUGUCAGAAAUUGUUACUAGGAAGGAAUCUCCAAGUCACAUUAAUGAGAUUUACAAUCCACAAUAAAUAAAUCUUAACAUAAGACAAAGGACAAAUGACAGAAAUAAGAAUCCAAUAGAGGAGAUUAAUCCUAUGCUAGACCAUACUUAAUCGUUUGAUCCUAAAACUAAUAGAUAAUAAUAGCAUAAUAAUGGAGGCAAUUAGCAACUGAAUAAUAACGGUUAAACUCAAUAUAAAGACCUUAUAGAUUAGAUUGAAUCUCUUUGUGUGACAAUCAACUCACACACAGAAGCAAUAUCUGCAAGUAAAAGCCAAGAUGAUAUGCAAAUUCUACUAUAGAUGCUGGAUUAUCUGUAAAAUCAAGAUCAUCAGAAUAUAAGCCCUGCUGAAAUAGACUAAAUUCAGGCAGAGAUCUACUCCAUAUCGCUUUUAAAUAGGCUUAAAUUUUACAAUGACAAUUUUUGA